AUGCAUACGCAUUCAGUGUCCAUCGCACUAGAUCCGCCACUGCCUAAGAAAAUUUGCGAUGUUGUUUUUUAAUUUCAAUUGUUCAUAGGCUUUGGAAUUCAAUGCGAAAUCUCUCAUCUUUUUUGCAUUUUGUAGGAGUUACCUCACGGGUUUCAAAUUGUGGACACGUUGUCGGUGGUGGCAAGAAUACUACUGACAAUUUAGUCAAUUCUUCGAAACUCCAAGAUUUCGAGUCGAAGAGAACAAUAACAACAACAACAACAACAUUAAUUCCUGAAUAAUCGUGCAAGUCCUCUAGAAUCUUCUAGAAACCAAGGAACACUUGCAAAUACUUUAGGGAAAAGCUAAAUGGAUUCAAUUAGCACAACUCCUGUUCCAACUUCUGACAUUCCUAUUAAUCAGGGUAACAAUCGGGCAAUGUCUCAUAGGCUUUCCGCCCGCUUUCCUUCAUCAAAAGAUGCCACUUACCCUGAUGACAUAGUUAACGAAUUCGGUCACUCACCAUUAUCUGGAUCGAGACGAGGGAUGGAAACAGGCACGAGGAGCAGGACGUUGAAUAGAAAUUCAAGUAAAGCUCAUAGAGGUAGCACGAGCGCGAAAUUUGACCCUUCAAUGUCAAUGAAAAGAUCGGGCAUACAUAGCGAGGACGAAGAGGAGGAGUCAGAAGAAGACGAAAAUGAGGAAGAAAGCGUGGAAGACGGAGAUGAAAGUACGAAAGAGGGAGGGGAGGAGCCAGUGAGAAUGUCAUUGAUGGCAUUGUUAGCAGAGUCUGAGGGGUCAUCGUACAUGAUGGGAGAGGACGAGGACGAGGAUGAGGACGAUGGUGGUGGCGAUGUUGGUGGAGGAGAAUUAAACAAUUGUUGUGUUUGCCAAGUAAGACACAAAGGUGCUGCAUUUGUACCUUGUGGGCACUCAUUUUGCAGGUUAUGUUCAAGGGAGCUUUGGGUUGAAGGAGGUAAUUGCCCACUUUGCAACAAUUUCAUAUUGGAAAUUCUUGACAUUUUCUGAUCACUUCAUCAAAUGUUGAUCCAGUAAUUUUCACAUAUUCAGAGUUGCUCUAUAAAUUUUGUCACCUUAGAUUUGUGUUGUUGUUUCUUUUUAUUUUUUCUUUUGCAUUUCUUCUUGUUUGUGGGAGGUAGAAAUGUAUCUAGUAAUUGAAGUUAAUGAAUACAGACUAUUACUGCACCUACUAACUUUUUAUCGCAAGAACAUGAACAUUUGGUCCUACUUUGGUCUUACUUUCACAGCGUGUCGUUUAGGAAA